AAUACUGGUGUGCAGAUGUAUGUAAACAGUCUCAACAGCUGUACAACAUCUGCCUGUGUUCAAGGAAGUCAGCUGCUGCAUUAACAGGAUGAAGCUCUGCGUGGUGGUUGUGUUUCUGGCCCUCUCUGUUGUCAUUAACGGAAUGCCGCCGAUCAGCAGGGACUACAACACACACUGUCGGUGCCUUCAGGUGGAGUCGAGGAUCAUCCCUCCAGACAAUCUGAGGAGCAUCAAGAUCCUCCCCGAAGGGCCUCACUGCCCAGACACAGAAGUAAUAGCUGGACUGGCAAGCGGGGAGAAGGUCUGCCUGAAUCCUCGGUCCUCCUGGGUCAAGAAGCUGAUCCACUUUGUUCUCGAGAAACAGUUACAUCAACAAGCGCCACUCCCCAAGAAUCGGACAUAAAUUCAUUAUGUUAAAAACAUACUGUAACUCCUUUCUGCCACAAUGAGCCGUGCUGUUUUACUUUAAAGAAUUAUUAUUAAAUUUAACCAGUCUGUGUAUCUUUAAUUUCUUUUUAUUCUUUAUUUUUGUGUCAUUAUAUUUCAAUGCAACCAGCUCUAAUGUAAAAGUGUUGGAAGACUACUGUUUGUAAAGAGUGAAGUGUGGCCUGAAAUGGAAAUCUGAUUGUGUGACUAUUUUAAAACUGAUAUUGUAUGAAGAGCCUCUUCUUCUCUUCUCUGAUUGGCUAACUGAACAGUUGCCAGAGCUCCAGAGAGGAGCUUGAGACAGGAAAUGUAAAACUUACGUUGAGAUAUUUUUUGGCUCUAAUAUAUCUUUCUUCUGGAUCAACACUUCAAAUAAAAUGCAUGCUUCAACUUUU